AUGGUAUUCACCAAGAGUAUUUUACGUAAAAAUCUUUAUAUGAUUUGUCUAAUAGCUGUGAAUAUUGUUCAUAUUUUAUAUUUUUAUUUGGGUUUUCUCUUAAUAAUACUUGCAGUUGGUUAUGAUACUGAAUUAAGUAUCAUUAGUAUUGGUUUUUAUCGGUUUCGUUUCUACAUUUCUUUUGUUCUCAUAUGUUGUCAAUCAAGCUGUCUUAUAUUAGCAUCUAUUGAUCGUACAUUAAUCAUUUCAUUAAAUGCUGAAACACGAAAAUGCAAUACACGUCGUUUGAUUGUAACAAGUCUGAUUAGUCUGAUUUUAUUUUUUUCCGUAAUUGAAAUUCAUGGAUUACUAUUCAUAGAAAUUUUACAAUAUGAAUCUGAUUACUUUGUCUGCUUUGAUCAACCAGGUGCAUACACUACAUUUUUAGGCUAUCAUGCCCUUCUCGUCAAUGGUUUUGUUCCAUCUCAACUAAUGGUGAUAUUUGAAUUAUGGACGGUGAAAAAUAUUCGUAGUGUACGUCAUAGAAUACCAAAUCCUCAUGUAACGAACACUGAAUAUGUAACAAUUGGUAGACCACAUAUAAUUCGAUCAAAAGAUAAACAACUUAUUCGAAUGUUACUCGUGGAUAUUGUUACUUCUAUUAUUUUCAAAUUUUCAGUUACAAUCUUACUUAUCUAUCAACAAAUUACACAAUACCAUCAAAAAUCUUCAGAAUAA